AUGGGGAAACGAGAGCCCUACUGCGAUAAGUGGAGUUUACCUGGCUGGAGGAUAGAGCAGAAAUAUGGCAACAAAGUCCUCAUAGGUAACUGGGUGGAAGAGAAACUGCAGUUCAGCAGGGAAUGUCAGACGGCCAACAGCACCAGCCGGUCAGACUACCAGCCUCAUUGGAACCAUCGACCAGACGUCUUCCUGAGACGAAGUGCCCUGAGGAGGGCAGAGGGUCUUCCCAGCAAGCUGCUCCUAUCCCACCACGGCAUCCCCAACUCCCACUGCCUGGUGACCCUCUACGACGAGGCGUAUGCCCGCAUGCCCGGUGCCGCCCUGCCCGCGCUGCGCUCCUGGCACCCUGACAAGAUGGCGUGGGCGCCGGAGAGGUCAGACGAACCAGCAGUAGCCCCCCCUACUAACUUCGGCCUGGCUCGGUCCAGACGGCUCCAUCUGGAGCAGCAGCGGGAGCCCCUCCCGGCGCUCAGCGUCUACGCCUCGUCCUACCAGAGGCUCCCGGCCAGCGCCUUCCCCCAGCGCGCCUCGGCCAGCGCUCCGCGAGGCCUCUCCAGCAGACUCUACCCUGCCAACAACCACAACAAGGACCUGGAGCUGAGGCAGCAGCCCAGCAGGCUGGUCCCAGACAGCUACCCCAGCCUCGGGCUCCUCCCGUCCCUCGGCCGGGCCUAG